GGGAGGAGCGUUCGUAUUUUUUACUCUCCAUUUUUUAUAUUUACCAUAUUUAUUUAUUUAUUUAUUAAAUUUUUCAUGAGCAGUAUAUGGAGCGUGCUGGCAUCGGGAUUAUUUAGGCUAUGUGGUCAGUGCCGUGCGAUCACGUGAACAUUAUAUUUUACAUGACACACAUCUACAGGAAAGCAACACAAUAGGAAAGACGAACAAAAGCCACGUUUAUGCGUCUCUGCUCUUUGCUCUUAUUUCAGGCGAUCAUUCGGAAAUCUCGGGCGACAGGAAUAACGUCCAUGUAAAUCCCACAAGAAUGUUUGGAUGUACACAUCAAUGAUGAGAAGAUUUGAUACCAUGUUUGAUGACUGAAUAGCCACUGAGAGCACAUUGAGAGAGAGAGACAGAGACUGGGCUGGACCUGCAGAGCAGCAGACAUUGUCAGAUAACAAAACUAUCUUAUCUCGAAAGAUUGUUAUUGUUUAUUGAUUAUAAAUGUUGUUAACGUGACGAUAGAUGCUAUGGUUUGUUGGUGAUGGGUGUUUAGCGGUCACACAUGUAAGCGCGUGAAAGAAGACUGAAAGCAAGAAACACGAGCCGAGAAACAAGGAAGCGAUCUCUCUCCCUCUCUGUCUUUCUCUCUCCCCCUCUCUCUCCCUCUCUCAUUGUGGUCGUCUAUCAUAAGAAAUCAUCAUUCUAAUGCUCGAUCAAGGAGUAUGCGACUCCACACAAGUUGAAUGCAGAGGGGAUGUCUGGCAGUAAGGCGCUGGGAGGGGGGGCGCGGCGGCGACGGACACGUUGCCGGCGCUGUCAAGCCUGCAUGCGGACCGAGUGCGGCGAGUGCCACUUCUGCAAAGACAUGAAGAAGUUUGGUGGACCAGGCCGAAUGAAACAGUCGUGUCUGCUCAGGCAGUGCACUGCGCCGGUGUUGCCACACACAGCCGUGUGUUUUGCGUGUGGCGAAGCGGGAAAGGAGGACACGGUGGAGUCGGAAGAGGAGAAGUUCAGCCUUUCUUUGAUGGAGUGCACCAUCUGCAAUGAGAUCAUUCACCCCAGCUGUCUGAAGAUGGGUAAGUCUGAAGGCAUUAUUAAUGAUGAGAUCCCAAACUGCUGGGAAUGUCCAAAGUGCCACAAGGAAGGAAAAACUAGUAAGGAUCAAGGAGAUGGUUUAGGAAAGAGACGUUUGGACAAUGGGGAAGUGAGUCGCUGGAAACUGACAGAUGAUGCGCCGCCAGUGAAAAAGAAGCCAGCAUCUCUAGACGAUACGGCCCGUCAGGAUGGGCAUAAACGCAAGAAGGAGAAAGAUCUGCCCCAGGAGAAUGCUUCCAAAAAGAAGAUCAAGGGUGCACGUGAUAAGCACCUGAAAAAGAAAACGAAACCCAACUCCUCUGAUUCCUCUGAAGCAAACGGGCCGAACUCGUCUUCAUCUGGUGGCCACGGCUCCGGCGGAGGUUCCACUGCAGCUCAGGCCUCAUCUUUAAACCCCAGCCUGGACCAGCGCUCUCAUCACCGUGAGAAACUUGAACGCUUUAAACGAAUGUGUCAGCUUUUCGAACGCGUACGGGACUCCAGUUCUUCCUCUUCAUCAAGCUCUGAAGCCGACUCCGAGUCGGACUCCGAAUCGCAGUCGCCCGCCGCUGUCUCUGAACCUUCCUCUCCGGCCCCUGCGUACGGCAACAGCAGCGUCCGCGAGCGAGAGCGAAACCGUCGGCUAGCAGAACUGGGCUUCAGUGCCAGCGAGGACUCUGAAGGUGACAGUUUCGUAGCGGAAAAGGAGCAAGAGAACGUGGACGAACCGCAGCGGCGCAAAGGAGAUGCGUCCCACAGAGUGCGCAAAGUGGUUAUUGACACGGAGGCCGAUGAGGAAGAAGGCUCGGGGGACCGCGGUCGCAAAACCUCUACGUUGGCCCCGCCGUCGCCGCUAUCAACGACGCAAGCGCAGCCUACCGGACAUGGACUUGCUUCCGAGGGCGUUUCCUCAUCCAAGCGCGCCAACGGUCAGGAGACGCGUAAUGGCCGCACACGGGCGGGUGGUCGAGAGACGCAGGAGAAGGAGAAUUCCAACAGCGGUACUGUCACCAAUCACAGACACGGAGCCGCUAAGUCCGGCCGUGGCAGUAAGAUUCGUGGCGGAAGCCGGCAAGGACAAAACAAUCCUUCAAAUAAAAACACGGGUACGACGGUGGCUUCCGGUACCGCGAAUGGCGGUACUGCUGCUUCGAACUCCGUCAGUAGCUCACUAGCAUUGCAUCGCUCUCAGCAGUCCCGCUUGGCACCCGCACGCUCGCAGCUGGUAAAGCGUAGCCCCGCCGCUGUGCCCUCGCCUCCGAAGCCUGUACAAAUGGAACGGCACUUGGUCCGUCCGCCACCCGCGUGCCCCGAGCCGCACUGCUUGCCGUUGGACGGCGGCGCUUCACACGUGCUGCCAAGGGAGGUGUGGCUUCGUGUCUUCCAACACCUUAAUCAACGGCAGCUGUGUGUCUGCAUGCGCGUCUGCCGCACCUGGAGCCGCUGGUGUUGUGAUAAGAAGUUAUGGACUCAGAUUGAUUUGAAUCGUCAGCGCUCCAUAACUCCCAUAAUGCUGAGCGGUAUUAUCCGCCGACAGCCGGUUUCUCUCAACCUGGGCUACACCAACAUCUCCAAGAAGCAGCUUAUGUGGCUGAUAAACCGUUUACAGGGUCUGCUAGAGCUGAAUGUAUCGGGCUGCUCGUGGUCAUCGGUUUCGGCAUUGUGCCAGUCCGUGUGCCCAUGUCUGCGUCUCCUGGAUCUCAGUCGCGUGGAGGAUCUUAAAGACUCUCACCUAAAAGAACUGCUGGCUCCGCCUUCUAAUGACACGCGAUCAGCUAAUGGGGAAAACCGAGGUGGACGUUUCCAGAAUGUGACCGAGCUACGGCUGGCUGGCUUGGAGGUGACGGACGCUGUGUCCCGUCUGUUAGUGCGCUACCUGCCUCACCUGACCAAACUUGACCUGAGUCAGUGCUGCCACAUCACAGAUCAGACCAUCUACACGCUGACGUCUCCGAUGUCACCUCUCAGAGAGAGCCUUACCCACGUCAACCUGGCAGGUUGUGUGAAGGUGACGGAUCAGUGUCUGUCCCUGCUGCGUCGCUGCGUCUCGCUGCAGAGCGUUGACCUGCGCUCGUGCGGCAUGCUCGCCCCGGACGUCUGCCAACUGCACUGCUUCCCCUCUCCCGAAGACAGACUCGUGCUGAAGAACAGCUAAAAUCACACUACAGCAAACACGAGAGAGACACGAGCGGCGUGCAGAUCAAGGACACUGCCGCUGUCUUUCCGGAUAAAUCCAUGUAGAUAUUCUGUACCAGUAAUGCGUGUGUGUAUAAAUUUGUAGUUGUAAAUUAUCCACCUGUGUACGCAGUUGCCACACCCUCAUCCUGCAGCCCCGCCCCCAGCAUCGCUCUGUUUCCUGCACGGAUCUUUCCUACUGUACGGGAGGGGUCACGUUAGCGGCAGGUUUCACCCUUUUAUUGCUCCGGAUGGGUUUCGGGAGGUGUAAGAUGUUUAACAGUGUUAAAGUAACUCUGUACCGUUAGGUCAUCGAUGGCUUCUUUCUGUGUCCGUUUCAUUUUUCACUCGAGGUCAGGACGAUCUUUUGGAGAGACCUCACAGUAUCCAUGUGCCAUUCCUACAGUGUCCACUUUCUUGAGUUUCUGCUUUGUAUUUCUCUCUCUCUCUCUCUCUGUCUGGCUUCACCUUUAGUGUUCGGGUGUGCUUACCGAACCCCAUCUCUUAAUAUCUACAACGGUUCGUCGGCUUUCUCAUCGUGCAUUGUGACUGUCAAAGCUUUUCCUUUGAUUUGCCAUCAUGCUGUGUGACAUCUUCGGAGCUGCUCGCCGCUUCAAACACCAUUUGGGAAAAUCAUCCAUCACGCAGGAAACUAAAGCUUUGCCGCUUCACAAGACAAGAUGUACAAACGCCUGUAUACUGCUAGUUUUACCUGUGUGCCAGACUCUGUUCAGUAUUAUCACAGCCGUCCGCUCGGGAAGACUAAACCGAGACGAAUCUUCAUCAAAGCUCGGCUUUAUCAUUCCCAAAGUCCUGGGCUAAACAACCAACCAUGUGUUUGUGUUUAGUUAAAUCUACCAUGGAGAAACACUGAUGUGCAUUAUUAUUGUUAUUAUUAUUAUUAUUAUUAUUUGGUGACAUUGCCAUCUAAGUGUUCAAAUUUUAAAUUCGGAUGAUUUGGUGUGGCUUGUUUUUUUUAGUCUUUCGGUAAACUCUGCAGCUUCCAGAAUGCAUUGCAUGUCGACACCUUGCACUGACUGUAUUCCUUGCACACUUAUAUUCAGUAUUGGGUCCAAUACAUCGCAGUCGAACGUGUUUGAUGGCAGUACACGAACAAACGAAUGAAUUCCAUUUUUUUAUGUAACUUGACGAACGGCAUCCCUUAAAAGUGAACUCGACCAUGUACAAAAGACGACACUGUAGUUGCGACAGCAAAAUCAAAAAUGUUGUUGACAUCGUAUUGAUACAAAGUAUCCUCGUGGUAAUGUUUUUAUUUUUUUAUUUUUAGCUGAUUUCUAUCACGUUCAGUGCAUCUGACACGACGGUUACAUAUCAAACGCUGAGUUACAAGCAUACAUUUGUAGUUUUAAUAGGUGUUAAAUAUGCUUCCUAUAUCAUCUUAAUGUGUUUUGUGCUGGUUCAAAAAGCCCACGAUACAGAAUUGCCAUGACUGAACUGAAUAUCACCCAGUAUCACCCUGCUGAAUGCAUUGGGUUGGAUCCAUAUGACUAUAUCUUGCCAAAAUGUUUUCUUUUUUCUGUUUUUUUCCAUUCUUCUUCCAUUGCAUUGAUCUAAGUGAUUAAAGAUAGAUAAAACAAUGAGAUAAAGAAAAACUCAAGGCAGCUACUAUAAGAGUGACUACUGUAAAAUGUCUAACUAAAUAAAGACAGUGGGGUUGGUUGUUUUUAUUCGCU